AUGGAGCCUCUCCACUCACAUCACUACACCAAACACCAAUACAAGUUCUCAGCCAGCAAACACAGCCAGUGGUUGGCCAUGAUCAUGCCCUACACCAUGUUUUACAACAGGCAGUGUUGGGGUAUCAAACACAAGGAUCCCAGUACCACCUACCUGUCCAAUGUUGUGCCAACAGACAAGUUCAUGGGGCAUGCUACUUGCUAUGCCAUACUGGGUGAUGAUGACAAGACCAUGGCGUUCAUCACCCUAUCCUACCUCAUGAUGCACACAUUCAGCCAUCCAGGAUCCUUCUGCCCAACCAUGUGCUAG